GACACAUGAUAUCAGCAGGAAAUUAAUUUGCGUAUCGUUUGGUUUCUGACUGUCUGUUGGAGGAGCGACGUUGUUAUUUUUCCACCAUGAAUUCGGACACGGUUUUAUUGUUGGAGACUAUUAAUUUUGCCGCAGAGAAACAUCGUAACCAGCGACGUAAAGAUCCAGAGGAAACGCCGUACAUUAAUCACCCCAUCGGAGUAGCGAGAAUCCUCACCCACGAAGGAGGCAUCACAGACAUCGAGGUUUUGCAAGCUGCUCUGCUUCAUGACACAGUGGAGGACACGGACACAACUCCUGCAGAGAUCGAGGCAAAGUUUGGACCGAUUGUAGCUCGUAUCGUUCAGGAGGUGACGGAUGACAAAAAGCUGUCCAAACAUGAGAGAAAGCGCAUGCAAGUGGAACACGCGCCUCAUUGCAGCGGCCAAGCCAAACUGGUUAAACUGGCUGAUAAGCUGUACAACCUGAGGGACUUGAACCGCCGCACCCCUGCCGGCUGGACAGCCGAGCGGGUGCAGGAGUAUUUUGUGUGGGCCUGUGAAGUGGUGAAAGGCCUGAAAGGAACCAACUCGGCUAUUGAGGAGAAGCUGGAGGAGCUGUUCAGACAGAGAGGGGUCCAGCUCUGACAACACAGUGGAGAGCAGAACGGUCAUAUUACAAAUGUAUUACAAAAUACAUUAUAAUUUGUAAAUUAUGGAAAUAAAUAAUAUUCAUAUACAUUG